CGUGACGUCACAAUCAUGAUUAGAAUUGAUGAUCGGAGGCGCUGAUUUCAUUGUCUGGGACCGGAGAGGACCUGGCGCGGCCCCGGUGAUUCCCGCGGCGGGGGGAGGAUUGAGGACGUUCUGCCAGUGAAGCCGCGACAGCUCCACCAUGGAGGGAACAAUGCACCCCAAUGUCGGGGAAGUCACCUCUACAGGGUCUCAGGGAUAUCAGCAAGAGAUGAAUCUUCGUUCUGUUUUUACCGCGGAGCAGCAGAGAAUAUUGCAGCGGUAUUAUGAAAAUGGCAUGAGAAAUCAGAGUAAAAGUUGCUUUCAGCUUAUUUUACAAUGUGCCCAAGAGACAAAAUUAGACUUCAGUGUAGUCAGGACCUGGGUCGGCAACAAACGGAGGAAGAUGAGUAGUAAAAUUUACAUCGAGCCUAGCGCCCCGCUUCAAGGCCCUGUAUCCAGUUCCCCUUCACGGCCCCCGGAAGGGAUGGCCAGAAACGUGCCAAAUAUCUCUCAUAGCCAGCCCCCUCGGACGACUUCUGGUGGCGAUUUCAUGAGGACAUGCGUGUACAGUCCAAGCAAUGCGUCUGCCAGACAAGGGACCACGACGCUGACCACAACUCCGAAACCCGCCGGCCAGAGACCGGUUGUACGGAAUGAGAGCGAGUACCUCAAGCUUCAGGCUCCGGUGCAGCGGCCGGCACCCGUGGUGAAAAACUCCUUGCCGCAGCUGGAAGAUAAAACCGCGGCGAUGCCGCGGCAGCAAAAUGUAGCAAAUCCGAACACGCUAUACGCCAAGAAAAACUUUGCCGGCUCUCCUAGUCAAAUAAUAGAAAGAAUUGCCCCUCAAAAGACAAUGUCUUGGACCUUAAAAAAUGUAGCAGAGCAUCCUGCGGCCCAGCGGUUACACAAAGCAGAGCAGCCCAGCGUAAGUCCCAUCUCACAUAGCUCUGCUGGGUCGCAGCGGAACAGAGACUCUUCUUGCGGCCUGAAGAACCUUGAGAUCCGGGAAGUAUUUUCUUUGGCUCCUACAGAACAUUCUUCCAGGACUUUCGGGUUAGGACUAGAGGAGAGGCCCCGGCCGGUGGAGAGUAAUUGUUUUUCUAUUGCUAUGGAAACGGGGGACGUCAAUGACGAAUACGCUCGGGAGGAGGAACUGGCUUCCAUGGGUGCGCAAAACCAGAUGAGUUCCCGCUUUAGGGAGUGUAACAGUUCCCCGCAAGCAGAAAACAGGUGUACGUUGUCCCCAGUUCCUGUAAGGACGGGAAGUGCCAAAAUACAUCCAGCCAACACAAGAGACGCGCCCCAGGAAAACCCCGUAUAUCAGAACAGUGACUAUUACAUGCCGCAUAAUACCUCAGCUCACAACGCAGCCAGCACGCAGUACAGCGGCAGUAACUCAUCCCGGAACAACGCGCAUCGACACUACAACGUAAACCCUCAGCCUGGCGGACUGUUACAGAACCCAAAUAGCUACCAGAUAUCAGGAAACCUCACCGUGCCUUGGAUUACAGAGUGCUCGCGGAAAAGAACACUCCAGGACCGCACUCAGUUCAGUGACCGUGACCUGGCGACGUUGAAGAAGUACUGGGACAAUGGGAUGACCAGCCUGGGCUCGGUGUGCCGGGAGAAGAUUGAGGCCGUGGCCUCGGAGCUGAACGUGGACUGUGAAAUAGUGAGGACGUGGAUCGGGAACCGAAGGAGAAAGUACCGAUUAAUGGGGAUAGAAGUCCCGCCUCCCCGGGGGGGACCCGCCACCUUCCCGAAACACACAGAAUUCUCCUCGUCUUUGACCCCCUCUGAAGACCCAGUAGCCGGGGUGGUGGAAGACAGCGACCGGCAUGACGAGGUGUCUAUAUGUCUCUCUGAAGAAAGUUCCCAAGCAGAUGAAAUGCCUCAGAUGACUGAAGACGUGAUGGUAAAGGAAGACAGUCCCAGUACGGUGCGGCUGCAGAGUGUGAAAGUAGAAUCCCCGGAGGAAGAGGUGACCGACGCAGUCUGCAAUUUUGACGCGGAACAGAUGCGAUCUCUCUUGGAUUAUAAGAAUGAAGAACUGAGAUACAUUGAGACUGAGCUGGAGAACUACAAGCACAAGUAUAGUGACCUGCAGGCUUUCACCAGGAACCUGAUUCACGCCGUGCGAUCAAACGAUAGAGACCAACAACAGAUGCUCCUGGCUGAGCUGCCGCUGGAACUGGACGAUAUGGACUUUAGCCACGCGUCUCCCGAGCCUGACGAUACCGCGUACAGCAUGUCCUCUCUGUCUGAGAAGAACCACUCGGACAGCGUGUGAGGCCUGUGGCCCCGGGGCCCCGUCACUCUGCCAGGCCUUCGUUCUCUGUGAGACUUAAGGAACUGACGGACUUUACAAAAGUAAAAUAAAAAUAAAAAAAAGGCUAACUUAUUUUCAUCCAGUGGAAAAAGAAUAUAUUUUGCAUCCUGGAAAUAUUUCUGCUUCACAGAUUAAAUAAAACAUAAUACAU